CUGGACUAGUAUAUUUGGCUGGCAUUACAUUACCAUCAGUCAGCCACUAAGCUGAAACACUUACUUCCUCAAUUAUGGAUUGCUUUACAAAGAACCUCAAGAAUGAAGAAUAACUAUUUACAUUUAUAAACUCAGGGGAGAAAAACCUAAACACUACAAUAACUCUUUUAGAGAAUUCUUUGAUGACCCACACAUUGAAAGCUUUGAUGUGUCUCGAAUAUUGCUUUGGCAUCUACAUUAGGUUCAAUCUGGAUACCACCUAGUCUAUCACUAGAAUAAUGAGGAGAGUCAGACUGGAUCGCUUUGGGACCAUCACAUCUGUCCAAGUACAAAAGAGUGCAGAUGAGAAACUGAAAAGUCUGUCUAGAGGUCAAGGGUCAAGAACACCCAGUCAAGCAACAGAAGACCCUUUGACGGAAAGACAUGAAAGACAAGGAAGAAGAGUUGCUGUGCCUAGUGACAGUCAAGCCAAAGCACGACAUCGUUCAAGAAGUGAAGGUCCUCGACGACACCUGAGCCCUAGUAGACAAGAUACAUCUGGACCACAAUGGGCUAUCAGUCAUGAACCACGCAAAAGUCCUCGUCCAUUAUGUUUGCGCCAGUUCUCCGAUGAUGAUAUCGUUAACAUUAAUCUAUCGGACAGCGACACUGAUUCGGGAGAUAGUGGACCAAAGCGAUGGACACGGAACCCACUUUUGAUAAAAAAGAAAAAACGGCAUGAUAAAACCAAAGCAACAGAAUGGAAACUAAUCACUCCACCACCUCCACCACCACCACAAGAAAACAAAAGCCAAACCAUGCCAAAUUCAAUCAAUCGGCCACAUUCAGGUAUUCCAUCACCUUCAAGUGGAAACAAGCAGGACCAUCAAAAUACAUGGAGUAAUCCUAACAGAGUUAAUGCAGCCAUUCCUCAAAAAGCUAAGUUUCAGCGGUUAGAAGAAAUAAGACAACAGAGAAUGGAAAAUUAUCCCACAUCUGAUGAAGAAACCAACCCACACUCUGAAAUUUCAAACCAAAUUCGUCAGAGACUUUCCCAAGUUCAAGCAGGCCGUGGAAGAGGUAGAAAAGCCUCCAUAGGGGAAUAUGAAGGUGUAACCGCUAGAUCUGGUCAAGAGUACACAAAUUAUCUUAAUAUUUCAGGUGAUCAAAUUGUUCUAGAACCAAAACUGAAGACAGAAGUUUCAAAGCCAGCUCAAAUGACAGCUUCUUUUCCUUGCUACCGACCUAUGUCUCUAGGAUUUCCUGCAAGUGGAAGCUUGUCUCCACCUCUCACAUUCAAAAGAGAUAACAAACCUCCAAGCCAACCGGAAAAACCAAAACCAAGAAUGGUUGUUGUUGAAUAUCCUCGCAAAAAUAACCAAAAUAUUGGUUUAACAAAUAAUUUCAACAAUUCUUUACAGAAAGAAAAUAAAAAUGGAACAGAUUCUCAAAUAAUAAAUACAAAUUUUCAGUGUGAAAACAGGAAGGCAGCUGCAAGCAAUCCAAAUAGAAAUUCCACAGCCUUUGCUUUUGGGAACAAUAUCCAAUGUAUCAGUCCUCCUCCUCCUCCUCAGCUGCAGCAGCAACAACAACAAACAUUUCAGCAACAAACAUUUCAGCAACAACAACCUGAAAAUUUCAUUAAUCAAAACAGAAACUUUGAAACAAAUAGUUCCUUGCAAAAUGCUUUUCUCUUAUCGAAUGGGCAUAAUCCUCAGUUGAACACUCGCCCAUUGAGUUUUCAGCCGUAUGUUCCAACACAACCAGAAUCACCUCAAUUACCUGCCAAAAUGGAUCAACAUCCUUUCCAAGAACAAAAAAAGGAAAAAUCCAAAUCCGAGCAAAAACAAAAAAGUCGUAGAUCUAAGACAGGCAUAGAUUCAAUUUCCAAAGAAUCGAAUAUAAAACAGACAACGAAUUAUUCAUCAAAAUGUUACAGUGAUGGAGAUUCACUUGAUGAGCUGUUAGAAUCAAAUAAGCAAUACAUAGAACCAACGAGUGUCACUAAUACUCUUCAAUUAACACAGCAUUCAAACUCACAGAAUGAGAAACCUAUAUCAGCAUCAGAAACAUCUGGUUUACCAAAGGUCUCAGAACCAAUUCCGAUGUUACAGCCAGUUAUGCCUAAAAUUCCAGAAUUAGUUACUACUUCAAAACCUGUUCUACUAAAAAUGUCCUCUGAACCAGUCUUAAUGUCGCAACAAUGUACAGGUUCAAAUCUAAUUCCCGUUACUCCUAGAAACAAACAACCCAUUACAUCUUCACAAAUUUAUACUGAAGAUAGAAAGCCAAUUCAUCGCCCAACCCCAAUUAGAAUUUCAGAGCCAGUUUUAAUUACACAAUCCCCUGUCUGUGAGAGCAGUGCAUUCCAAUCUUGUAUGUCUUGGCUAAAAUCUCAUGAUAAUGCCCAACAAGCAGCCAACCAAAACCAGAGAGAUAAUCAGCCAUCAAAGCCAUUGGAAAAUGCUGAAAACAUGGCCCAGUAUAAACCACUUAUAACUAUUUCAGAAAGUAUUUUGGUGUCAGAAUCUAACAAAAUAAAAAACUCUCCUGAGGUAAUUAAAAAAUCUUUAAGCUGUUCUGCACCCUCAAUAGUAAGCGCAACUAACGCUAGUAUGAAAGAAAAUGAGUUAGCCUUACCAAUAAAAGAUACUGGAAUGUUUUCUGAUGUAGAAUAUGACAUUGAAGUAGCUGAAAGAGUGAAAAAGUGGGAAACUAAAAUGAAAACGUCACACAAAAAUCUACCAGUAGACAUUAAAACAGGAGAAAUUCCUGACAUUGGGGAGAACCAUUUGCCAACAACUGUAAAACAUAUGGCGAGUGAGUGGUCAAAAUAUUUAGCUGUUAUCGAUGAAGAUACUGUAGCAACAAAGCCUUAUUCUUCAGAUGUACCUACCAAACCAGUUAAUGUAAAUAAAAAUAUGAGUAAAAGCAAUAUGACCAGAAGUCUUUCACAAACCGGGUCUAUAUCUGAUGGUGACUUAUUUAAAGGUAAAACCCAUUCAAAAAUUAUGGUCGAUAUAAACAAAAGUCUUCUCCAAAUAUCACCAGAUGUAAAUAACACAACUGCAAAUGGUCUCAGCCAUAGCUAUCAUGAAGGAAUAAAUAAAUCACCGACAAUAGACAGCCCCCUUUUCCUUCCAGUAAAAAAUUUUUCAAGUAAUAACACAGGUGAUACAGCUAUACCAGCCUCCAGCCCACUGACAAACAAAGAUUAUCAGUUUUUUAUUCCAAAGCAUCAUACCACUGCUUCUGCGCCAAAUAGUGGAUCUACUACUUUGGAAUUGAAAGCAAAUGAGAAGAAAACUGUACUGUAUCCUCAUGAUAUAAACAAUACCAACAUACCAGCUGGAAAUUUCCUCAGAAGGAAAAGUGAUAUAUCAUCUGACCAUAGCAUUAGUCAAAUGAUAUCAAACAGAAGAAAUGCAGAACAUGGUAACUGGAAAAAUUUGAUUGGUGGAAUGCAAGAAAAACUCAAAGAUUCAGAGAUAUGGUCACCUCAAAUGGACAGUCAUCAAGGACCAGUUAGUAUUGAACGAGUUACAGCCAGAACUCUAGAAACAAUCCCCUUUUCUGAAGACCCUUUUUGGAAAGAAAUUGAGGAAUUAACAAACUUUGAUCAUCUUAUGAAAGAAAUUCCUUCAGAAAGAAAGAACUCAACUGAAAUUGAUUCUACAAAAGCAUUUACUUCUUGUCAAAUGGAUGCAGCAUCUACUCAGCAUAUAAAACCUUUUUCCUUACCUUCUUUUCCAGCAUCUAAUGCUGAUAAUAAACCUCAAUCGAAACCAUAUUCAACUUCAAGUCUCAAAUCUUCAAACAAGAUUGCUAACAUGAAUGCAUUAGAUGAAGUUCUUUUGGAUCUACAGCCAGUCCUUGGUAACAGAAUGUCAAAUAGUCAAAGAAAGAUAUUUGGCAGCCAUGUGGACAUGUCUCACAAAGCAAGUUCACCAAAAAGGCCCCUGUCUUAUCAUUCAGGGUCUUACCAUGGAGAUCAAUUAGAAGUUCAUUCUCAAAUGUUAAAGGCUGCUUGUAGUAGCGGUCCCUCUGCAGAACGUCCUGAGUUUUCUUCCCAACAAAAUCUUUUACAACUUCAAGAAGGCAACCAUGGAAAUGUGAUGUACCAGUCUAUGACUAAACUGGGAGAGAAACAGUAUGAGAAUGUUGUCAAUGGUAACUAUCAACUAGAUCCCUCCGUGCUGAAAGAGAAACUCAUCAACACAGGAUUGGUGGAACGUUCCCCAUCUGGUGAUGAUUUAGCCAUUCUAAUUAAGAAUAUCCAGGAAGGAAAUAAUAAUGUUAUGUUUGCUUUUAGAGACAGUGAAAAGCCAACUACCUACACACCUGCUCAACCAGAAGAAAAUAUAGAGGAACUUAAAGUUCUUGCAAGUCAAGUCGAAGAUAAGCUUUCAGAAAUUAAAUCAAAGAUACUCAAAGCAGAUGAAUCAAAUCUUGACAGAAUUCUCAACACUCUCAAGAAAUUCUCUCCUGCAACGAGUGCAAUGCUUUCAGCUGAUGUUAAAUCUUCAAGCAGCAAAAAACCUGGUACGGAACAUUUUGUAAACAGGAAAGCUAAACUUAGUGAAGCGCUUAAUGAAUUGGAAAAAAUUUACACCCAACUUAAUAUCGGCAAUGAAACCUUAUUGGACUGCAACAAACCAAGCAAUUUUUCUUCUCCGUAUUCAAGCCAAGAAAGCCAUUGUUUUAGAUUAUCUUCUUCAUUUUCCCAGCUGUAUGAUAAUACAGCUGGACAUGUCAGUUCAGACUCAUUUCAUUCUGACAUGCGCUACUUGUCAGCAUCCGACCAUGGAUUAACCACUAGUCAAAGAUACCGAGAAUUAAUGCAAGUUCCAGUGAAAGAUAUUGGUAGCAAAUACCCAGUAAAAACUGAAUCUCAGACAUCAAAUUCUCCUUCAGUUACUGAAUCACCUUUAAUCAAAACUGAAGAUGCAUCAGGAGAUUCAGUAUUGUCUACUUCUGAUGUUCCUACACGGCGGGCAAGAACAAGACGCCAAAGGAGGUCACUAGCAAAUGAAAUGAACCAUGAAAGUAAGAAAUUCCACCAGAGUAGAAAUAGUGGAAAAGAAGGUAAUGAUGGUCCAAGAGUAUAUUUGUCCUCAAUAACAGUAGAAAAAGGAUCACGGUCAAAAUCUUCCGCACGAUCUGACACUUCAGAUGGUAGUUCAAGACAGAUUAAUGGUACUCCUCGACCCAAACCUCCGCCACGAUCUUCUAGUCUACAUCGUAAAUCAGGACGAGAUGACGACAGGAAUCACAGAAAGUCAACACCACCUGAUUUUGAUAUAAAACACACUACUUCUAGUAGCCAAUCCCAGAGCAGUAAUGGAAACAAAGAAAUUCUGGAAAAUGGAAAUAUUUCAAAACAGAACUUCCAGCAACAAUUAAGGCAAGAACAAUCAUGUUCAAGUGACAGUUCGGCUGAAAUGGUACAACAGAAAAAACGACCAGUUUCAAAGAGUAUAGCCAAAAUGUUGGAUCUUUUCAGCUCAAGUGAUGAAGAUCGUCAUCGUAAAGUUAGGACCAGGUCGAGACAUGAGAGACGACCAAUCAGUGAAAUUAGUGAAGAACAAGGAAAUAAGUUUUCUGAUGAUUCACAGAGCUCAAAAUCUUCUCCAAAAAGUCAAUCAUCUUCUAAGGUUAUGACUCCACGAAAUGUAAAACAACGACAUGAAGCGAAAGCAAGACAAAAAAUAGUAAUAGCUCAACAAAUGAUGAUGCAAGAAAACGAGAGUCCUCAGCCAUUACUCUCUGAUGAAAAUUUAGCUACAGAAGAUAGUUCCACUGCUUCAAAACCUCCUUUACCCAUACCUAGACAACGGUCACAAAGCUCUGAGAAGUGCCCCUCUUCGUCUGAUGAUAACGUGAGAGAUGAACAAGGUAGAGAAACUCCAAAUGAAUCUUCUAAUAAUGAAAAGCAAAGAGAAAAGUCAUCGCCAGCUUCAUCAAAUAAAAGUAGAAGUCGCUGGAGUAUAUCAUCCGCAAGGGAAUUUGUCAAUGCUAAUGACAGUCCUAUAUCAUUUGAAAAAGUUGCUGAAAACGAAGUCAAUGAUCAUGCUGAAAGAUGUCAUAGUUUUCAUGAACUUUUUGCUUCUUUUGAACCGGAUCGAAAGCGUAUUGACAAACUGAAGCAAUUACAAAAAUCCGCUUCGGAAGAAGCAGCUGAGGAAGAAAAUGGUAAAAUGCAUACUUUUCAUUCAGAACCAGACUUACGUGAUAGUAUAAAUAAAGGCAACAAAAGAUUUGACUAAUCCUAAUCCUCUUUUUAAGGAUAACAAUUAAGGGAUAGGAAAGUUCUUUUGCAGCAGGUUGUGAAUAGUUUUGGGAGGUUUUUUUUAACUAUUUAAGUAACAAAAAGGAGGAAAGUGGAAGCUUGUUAGUUUAGUUCAUUCUUUGUAUUUUUUAAAUGUAGAAAUAAAUGACUAGAUAAGCACGAGAAUUUGCAUGCAUAUAUAUGUGUGUGUUUGUGUGUAUAUAUAUAUAAAUAUAUGUAUGUGUAUAUAUACUUUCAUUACUUUUAAUCAUCAGAAAAUUACAAAAGUGACUCAAGGGCUGAUAGUUACAUGCAUGGCACUUAUCAAACCUAGUUUGAUAAGUGCCAAGUGCCAUGCAUGAAACCCUUGGCCCUUGAGUUACUUUUGUAAUUUUCUGCCAAUUAAAAAUAAAAUAAGUAUAUACAUUCA